AGCGUCAGCGUGUGUGACGAAAAGAGAAAGCCAGGCUGGAGCUGCCCUGGGAAGUCAGGAGUCUGCCAGAGUCAACGCAGAACAACGCCAUUUCACCACAAGCUAAGGGAGCAGACAACUGAAGCCACAGAAUGGCGGUGGACAUCUACGACUCUCAGUACCUUCUCAUCCUGGCUCCAACCCUGGUCAUCGCCCUCAUGUUUCUUUUCUUCUGGCUCUUCAUGAAGGAAACCUCUUACGAUGAGGUUCUGGCCAGGCAGAAACGUGACCUCAAGCUGCCGCCAGCCAAAACCGACUCUCGUAAGAAGAACGAAAAGAAGAAGAACAAGAAGAAGGAGAUCACGAGUGGAGGAAAUAGUGGAGGUGGAGGGGAGUCUGAAGAAGACCUACUAGAGUUUGAUUUGGUUGAUGGUGUCGGCUCGAGUCUGGAGGCAGAGGAGGAACCUGUGCUGGAGAUGACACCAGAACCUGCUCCUCCAGCACUUGCUGCCAGUGUGCCCGUUUCAGCCUCACCAGAGGCUCCUACUGGUCUGAGGGAGCGAAAGAAAAAGGAGAAGAAGGCUGCCAAAGCUGCUGCUGCUGCUGCCGCUGCAUCAGCAACUGCCUCAGCAACUGCCUCAAUCUCAGAGGAGUUGGAAAUAAAUGACUCCAAGCCAGCCAGUCGCAAGACGGAGCCACCUCAAGCUGUAAGCAAACAGUCAAGCUCACUGUCUUCACAGUUUGAGGUUCACGUUCAAGCUGUUCAGACUCCUGCUCAGGCUCAGACACCUCCCCAAACCUCUGGGAAGAAGGAGAAGAAGAAGAAACAGAAAGCAGAGUCUGUCGAAGUCCAGCAGCAGGAGGUGAAAGCAGAGCAGGCCCCAGCACCAGUCAAAAAGGAACCCCCCUCUGUGGCUGAAACCAAAGUACUGGACGGUGCAACCCCAAUUUCCACCGGUGGCAAAAAGAAGAACUCUGCAAAGAAGCAGAAGACCGAGCCUGUAGAAGAAACUCACAUUUUGGCAGAUUUGGCAGCUUCUGCCAACCACCAGACGGUCCAUAACGAUGACGUUCCAUCUAAAGGAUCUGGCAAGAAACAGAAGAACGAGACUGAAAAAGAGAACCCAGAGAUGAAGGUGAAGGAGCUGCUCUCUGGUCUGUCCAGUGUGGCUCUGUCAGAAGCAGAAGCUGUCAGUGUGAUCGCUCUCCUCCGAGAGAAGAGCCCUAAUGCCUUGGAUGCCUGGCACAAAUCUGCAGUUAGACCAGAUCCAGCUGCCCAGGAACGAGAGAAACGUCUUACAACUCUGCAGGAGGAAGCUUCUAUUGCCAAAGACAAAGUGAAACAGCUCAGUCAGGAGCUUCAGGUAGAGAAGCAGAAGGCUGGAAGAGUGGAGGCUAUGAUGAGAGAGCAGCGUGCAGCCAUGGAGAAAGAGCUGGGGGGCAUGCAGGCCAAAGCACAAGGCAGCUACCAGGAGCUGCAGACCAUGCAAAUCAAGUUCCAGCAGGUGAGGGAGCAGCUGGAAAGCCAGAUCACUCGGCUGCAGCAGGAGAACGGUAUCCUGAGGGAUGCAGUCAGCUCAGCCACCAACCAGAUGGAGAGCAAGAAUUCAGCAGAGCUGAACAAGCUGCGUUCUGAAUAUGCCGGUCUGAUGAAAGAACUGGCAGACAACAGCAGCAAGCUGCAGCAGGAGGAGCACCAGAGGAAGUCACUGGAGGUCGGCUACAAGCAAAACGUGUCCCAGCUGGAGGCCCAACUACAAGAUGCAAAGCGACGCUGGGAAGAAUUGCAGAACUUCCUCCACACAGUCAAUUCUGAAAGAGAAAAACUUCAGACCUCUAAGCAGGAGCUUCACAGCCAGAUGCUGACAGUGGAGGCAGAAAUGAACAACAAGAACAAGGAAAUCCAGACGUUGCGCAGCAGCCUGACUGAAGCGAUGGUCUCCAAGGAGCGGCUGGAGCAGAAAGUGAUGGAGCUGAUGGAGAUUUCUCAGCACAGUAUGCAGGACGACAGUCUGCAGACCCAGGUUCAGGAACUCGUGAAUGAAAAUAAAGCUCUUCAGGUUCAGAAGGAGACAUUGCAAGUCCAGAAUGAGAGCCUGCAGGCCCAGAUGUCUUCACAGGCUGCUCAUGUGUCCCAUAUUGAGGAGCUACAAAUGCUAUUGGCUGAAAAGGAGCUGCAGCGGAAGAGUCUGGAAGAUUCUCUAAAUGCUGAGAGAAGCAGCGGGGCUAGUAGAGAAACAAACAUGCAGGCUUUGCACAAUGAGAACAUGUCACUGAAGGCAGAGAAUCAGAAUCUGCAGGCACAGAUUACUGAUCAGAAUGCAUCCCAGCUGGCUUUGGACCAGUUUCAGAAGAGUGUCCGAGAGAAGGAGGAGAACAUUAAAACGGUUGAGGGACUUUUGGAGAAGGGGCUGAUUGAAGUGGCCAACAAGGAAGAGGAGCUCAAGAAAGUCAAAGAAGAGAAUGAAGUACAAAGACAAGAGAUUGAGGAUCUAAAGAGAAAGACAGCCGAACAGGAAUCAUCAGAGUUAAUACUGGGAGAACUGCAAACCAAGAUCCAAGAAAAAGAUCAGAAGCUGAAGUCACUGGAGGAGAGUCUGCAGGCAGAACAAGCCAGUAGCUCCACCAAAGACCAGACUGUUCAGACUCUGGAACAACAACUGGCUGCCCUUCAGUUGGAGUUGGAACAGCUGAGAAACGAGGAGACGCAAAAGGAGUCGAGCAGAUCUGACGCUGAGAUCCAAAUGUUCCAGGCUCAACUGGCAGUAAAGGACCAGGAAAUUCAGGUGCUGCAGGCUAAUCUGGAGGCAAGAACAAGGGAAGUGAGAGAGAUGGUGGAGCAGGUACAACAACAGCAGUCUAACACUGCGGUGCCAAACCCAGAGCUGCUGGCAGAGUUGUCUGAGAAGGAGAAGCAGGUGUGCAGUCUGCAGGGUGAACUGGCUGAGCUGAAGGAAUCACUGGAGCUUCACAGGAAAAAGAACAAUGAGCUUCGGGAGAAAAACUGGAGUGCAAUGGAAGCUCUGUCAGCCACCGAGUCCAUGCUUCAAGGAAAACUCAGCAAAGUCGUCAAGGAGAGUCAGGCAGCACUGGCAGGAUCUCAAGCGGAGUGUCGAGACGUUCUGCACAGACUUCUGCCCCAUGUGCCUCUGCCCUCUGAACAGAAUCAUCAGGAGUGGCUGCAAAGGUUUGAGAGCACAGUUGCUGAAAGUUUAGUUGCACAAUCCAACCAAACAUCAGGGAACUCUGAGGAACUGGCUGUAAAACUGAAAGAAGCUGAGGAAAGCCAAAAGGUUCUACUAAAAGACUGUGAGACGUAUAAGAAAGUUUUGGCAGAGACGGAGGGCAUCCUGCAGCGCCUCCAGAGCAGUGUAGAGGAAGAGGAGUCCCGCUGGAAGUUGAAGCUGGAGCAGUCCCAGACAGAGCUUAAAGAGGUGAGGAGAGAAAAGCAGCACUUGGAGUCUGAGUUGGAGAGGGCGGAGCGGGAGAGCGCCAUCUAUGUGACAGAAGUCAGAGAGCUCAAAGAUCUGUUGACUGAACUGCAGACCAGACUUGAUGGCUCAUAUACAGAGGCCAUCAGGCAGAAUGAGGAGCUGACGUUGCUAAAAACUCAGCUCACCAAUACGGUUUCAAAGUUGGAGACGGAGGAAAACGAGAGGCAAAGGGUGGCUGGUGACCUCUAUAAGGCUCAGCAGUCUCUUGAUCUGAUUCAGGGUGAGCUCUCAAAACUAACCGACAAAACCGAUGACCUGAUAGAGAAUAGCAGUCCGUCGUCGGAGCACGAAGAGAUUGACAGAAAAGAGAAAAUGACUGCAGGACUGAAUCAAACUGUCAGAGAAAUGCAGCAGCUGCUCCAAGCAGUCAGCCAGCAGCUCACUAAGGGACAGCAAGGAGACAUGAACCGAGAUCUCCCUAAGGUAUAAUGCAAGGUGGACGAGCACCAUGCAGCCAGCCCAACUGCACUACAGAGACCACCUUUAGACAUCGAUCCUGUCACUACCACACCAUACCAUCACACCCAGCCACCUCCUCCCUCCCUAACUCCCAUCACCUUACCUGUACUGUAGGCAUCCUUCUGCCCGAGGGGCUGGUGAACCACUCCCAGACUCGGUGUUGGCCACAGAGCGUCAAGCAGAGGUUACUGCCCUGUUCCAGAAACGGUACCUAACUCCUCCACUCCAGCCACAUUCCUCCUGUUUGCGGCAUCACGUUUAUUUGACUCCAUACUUCCUGCUUAUUUAAACUGUGUGGAAACCAUUCCUCUGUUUUUAAAUCACCUGUAUUUGUUCUCUCUAAUGAAAUCCUUCUGAAUACUGCAGUAGUGUUUUUUUUUUUUUUCUUAAGAUACAAAUUUCAAACUUAACUAUAUAAAAUCUGGGUUUUCAGUAUUUUUCUUAACUUAAAUUAAUAUAUAUAUUGUUUAAAUGUACCACUUAGGACCUGCUGAAAUUCUGUGUUGAUCUUUUUAUUUGCCCUCUGAUCAGAAAACUCAAACUGUAUAUUUGUCAUGCAUCGUUCCGUGCAUACCUCGGCUCAGUUCUGGCUGGGAAAAGGGAGAUUGUAAGAGGUCUCGGCAUGUUAGAUGGGUGACUAAAUAUGGAGAUGCAAAAACAAACCAUAGGAAAGUUUGUCCUGCAGCUCUGAAGAAAAGGGGGUUUCUGACCU